ACACCUUCAACACAUCCGCUUUGUCUGCUUUACAUGUGGCAAAAUAUUCAGGUCGCAACUGGGUUUGCGCGGACAUGUGAAAUUCUGCACUCCUCCUUAAUCUUUGGAAUCAAGGACAUUGCUUAAAUUGUAGGACUUAACAGAAUGAGCUGAAAUGUCAAUCGUGACCAACAUGUCUUCCGGAAAUGAAACAGAGAAUAAUUUGUUCGGAAUACAGAAAGAAUUGGAGCUCUUCAGUGCGAAGUAUCGUCUAGUACAUGCUUAUAUUUCAGUUGUCCUGAGUGUGUUAGGAAUUAUGGGUAACGGCCUCAACAUUUUUAUUUUGACAAGGAAAAACAUGAUCUCAACAACGAAUAUUUUACUGACCGCCCUGUCAGUGUCUGAUGUUCUGAAAUUGCUGGUUCAUCUUCCAAAUAUUGUAUUAAACUAUUAUAUAUUCGCCAACCAACCUAAUCCGUUAGGAAACUUGCGUUACUUAAUGUUUUAUGUUAUAGUAGUCAUUGCUUUUCAUAGUGCAUCUAUAUGGCUGACUGUUUCUCUGGCGCUAUUUAGAUACAUUGCCAUUAAAUUACCAUUGAAAGCAGCCACCUACUGUAGCCAAUACAGAGCUAAACUGACCAUCUUCAUUGUCAGCCUUGCUGUGGCUGGUCUUAGCAUUCCCAUUUCUCUAAGUUAUUCUUAUAGCUGCUCUUACGUAAACAAUCAAACCGACUGGUAUCUCGUGAUGGCAAAUGGCACAGACAAGUUUAAUUUCGUUCAAAGCUUCAACUUAUGGACAAUGAUCCUUCUAAUCAGACUCCUGCCUUGUGUGUUGCUUCUGGUGUUGAGUAUUUUACUAAUCAUAGAGCUUCAAAGAUUUGCCAAAAGUAGGUCCAAGUUAAGAGGUCAACGUAGUUUUGAGAAUGAUGGAAACUUGCAGAGACAAACCGAAACCAACAGAACCACGGGGAUGCUGGUGGUCGUGGUGGUGCUCUUCAUUGUGAUCGAGAUGCCUCAUGGGAUUCUUCUUCUUCUUGUGGCCAUCAACAAAAAUGUUAUGGACCAAAUCUAUGAAUCAUUAGGAGAUCUAAUUGACGACAUCACUUUGAUGAACAAUGGAAUCAACUUUGUCAUCUACUGCACAAUGAGUAAAAAAUUUCGAGAUACUUUCAUGGAAAUGUUUUCUUGCAGCAACGGCAAGUCUAAAUACCUGCACAGAAAUACAUGA